AUGAAAAGUUUUCAGCUUAUCAACAAAAACGGCCGACUUCGACAGACAAGGCUAGCAACUGAGGAUAAAAUUCGACCUCGUGUCGACGGUGUAGCUUCAGAUUUAGAUGUGGAAGAGGCUAAGUCUGUAUGGGAACCUGUUGAACAUAACGUUAAGCCAUAUCCACCUAAAGACGACUAUUUGGAUGCAAUGAACGACGAUACUGAAGAUCACAUGGAGGAAGUUCAUGAUAAGAAUUUUGAAGAUGGAUCUGAAGAGGAGUUUGACGAAGAUUUCUUAGAAGAUGGCAGUUGCAGAGAUAGUGAUGAAUCUGAUGAUUAG